CGUCAGCGUUUCACCGAUCAAAGGAAAGAGCCGAAGAUGUCAGCUCGGUCAUGUGAUCAGCUGUGUCCAAUCACAGCUGAUCACAUGGGACAUGUGCACUGGUCAUCAGUGUAGCCCCAGCAGCAGUGCCACCUGCCAGUGCCUCAUCAAUGCCACAUAUCCGUGCCUACCAGUGCACAUCAAUGCCACAUAUCAGUGCCCAUCUGAGCUGCCUUUCAGCGCCAGUCAGUGCCACCUAUCAGUGCCAGUCAAUGCCGCCUAUCGGUGCCACCUAUCAGUGCCGCCUAUCAGUGCCAUAUAUGAGUGCUGCCUUUCAGUGCCCAUCAGUGAUGCCUGUCCAUGCCCAUCAGUGCCACCUACUAGUGCCUCCUCAUCAGCGCCACCUAUCAGUGCCCAUCAGUGCAGCCUAUCA